GAUGCGGAACAAGUCUGAACAAACUCUGCUGCUUCACUUCCGAAUGUUUGAAACACCUCCAUCAGACCAGCGCCUCCUCCUGCUCCUCCUGCAGCUCCUGAGGAGACACCGGGCCGAUGACGGAAAACGAGCGAGCCGCCAGAACCCUCAAACACGUCCUGCAGAAACCGGGGAACGGCAGCUGCGCGGACUGCGGCGCCGACAAUCCGGAAUGUGGCUCCUGUUCUCUAGGCGUCUUCAUCUGUCUGAGCUGCUCCGGAGUCCAUCGCAGUAUUCCCGAUCUCGGAAAAGUCAAAUUGCUCCGACUCUCACACUGGGAGGAUUCAGAAGUUCAGUUCAUGUCUGAGCGAGGAAAUGAUGCCAUGAACGCCGUGUAUGAAGCUGCACUUCCUGUUUACUACUACAAACCCACACACAGAGACUGCCAGGUGCUAAAGGAGCAGUGGAUUCGGGUGAAGUACGAGAGGCAGGAGUUCAUGGAGAACGGCAAGAAGCUGAUCUAUGAGGACGAGUCGAGAGACGGCAUGCUAAUGAAGAGGGGGCGGGACAAUGGACAGUUCCUCAACAGACGAUUCAUCCUGUCGCUGAGGGACGGCACACUAAAGUACUACACUAAACUAGACGCUAAGGAACCCAAAGCUGUUAUAAAGGUGGACACCAUCAACGCCUGCUUCCAGCCGGACAAGAUCGGAAACCCCAACGGCCUGCAGAUCACCUACCUGAGAGACAACAUCACACGAAACAUCUUCAUCUACCACGACAGCAGCAGAGUGAGCCGUAGAGACACACACACACACACACACACACUCAUACACACACACACACACACACACGAAGCGAGGUCUGUUUUGAUUGACAUGGAGCUGGUUUGUGUGUCGUCUGAUGUGUUUCUGCAGCAAACAGAAGGCUUUAAGAAGCGCUGGUUCACGCUGGAUCACCGGCGGCUGAUGUACUUCAGAGAUCCUCUGGAUGCGUUUGCUAAAGGCGAGGUGUUCCUGGGGCACAGAGAUCACGGAUACCACGUUACGAUCGGACUCCCCGCCGGAACCCACUACAACGGGACGUGGCAGUACGGCAUCACCAUAGAAACGCCCGACCGCAGCUUCCUGUUCACCUGCGAAACAGAUAUGGAGCAGAAGGAUUGGAUGAGCCAUUUUAAUGCAGUCAUGAACACUCGCAUGAGCCCACAGGAGUACACAGUGGAGGCCUACUUCAAACACAAACACUGAUGUACCCUCGGCGUGACCUCUGACCUUUCACCUGUGACCUCUGCAGCUGACCCGCCACGGAUCUCACAGCACGUGCCUCGGAUGUUUGUGUUUUUAAGUUGUUUUACACAAAGUAUUUGUUUGUAUACUGUACUACGAUUCUGUAUCAUUACAUCUUGAAACUCAAAGAGUAUUUUGUCCCCAUAACAUUAUAUUUGCAUGUCUGCGUUUUCCACAAACUGGUUUGCUACCAAAUCUUGUUUUUUAAAAUCUGAUUUUUUAUAAGGAUUAAAGGCUCCAUCUAGUGGUGGGAUUAAGUUAUUUAACCACUGACCCUUCAAGUCAACUCUCUAAUUCUAAACCUCCUUUCAUUCACAUAUUAAAGGGACAGUUCAGUCAAAAAAUA